AUGCAAUUCAAUUUCUUCCAAUUCAUUUUCUCCAUUUGUCUUCUAAAAAUCCAUUAUAUUUUGGCUCCAAAAAAUGGUGAUGUUGACAAGUUGAAUGAUAAGAUGCUAUCAAUGCUUCCUGGUCAAUCGCGUACCUAUAUGAGCGCUGGUACUUUUUGCAAUACUGAAGGUGACAUUGUUGAAAUUAAAGAAGGUACUCCCAUAAUUCUUUUGAGGAAUCUCAAUCAGUCAGAAGGUCUUUGCAAUGGAACACGACUUGUCGUUACCAGAAUGGGGGAUAAAGUUCUCGAGGCAGAAGUCAUAAUAGGAUCUAAUAUUGGAGAUUUAGUACUCAUACCUCGGAUCUCUUUAACUCCACAGAGUACACGGAUGCCUUUUCCAAUUAAAAGGAGACAAUUUCCUGUGAAAGUGGCAUUUGCAAUGACUAUCAACAAAAGUCAAGGCCAAACCUUGAAAAAUGUUGGCGUUUACCUUCCUGAACCUGUGUUUUCACAUGGUCAACUAUAUGUUGCUCUGUCCCGUGCUACUUCGCCAGAUGGAUUGAAAAUACUCAUUGUUAAUAGAGAUGAUGAUCCAUGGGAUUACACAAAAAAUAUUGUGUAUCGUGAGAUUUUUGACGCCCUUUGA